GAUAUACUAAAAUAGUUGCUGAAAUGUCAGGGGUGUACUCACUUUUGUGAGAUACUGUAGCUCACGAUCAAAUGUUAGAAUAUCAUCGAUAUGAUAUUCUAAUGUUGAUUUAGCUUACAUCUAGUCUCAAACAGCCAACAAACUAACACAGAAUAACAUUAUAACUUUCAACACAUAACUUUAGUAUAAUAGUGUAGACCACGUGAAACUGCGUUACCUCAUAAUUUGAAUUCGUCAAAUGAACUGACCUGUAUGAGUAGUAAUUCAGCACUUGUGGGUAGUUCUGUAGAAUGAAGCUAGUUAUUUGAAUUUAUAAAGUUUUAAAUAUGGAUAUUUUUCUUACAAAAACGCAUCCCUUCGCUUCAAAAGGCCUUUAUUAACCCUCUGGAGCCGUAUGGAUUACUUUGAUUAUGGAUGGAUUUUUUUUUUAAACAUGGCCACCCAUUCACAACCAUUAUAAACCUUUGAGGACUAAGGAUAUUUUUAAAUAAAUCUCUGAUUGUGUUUGUCUGAAAUAAGAUAGUCAUAUACACCUAGAAUGGCUUGAGGGUGAGUAAAUCAUGGGAUAAUUUUCAUUUUUGGGUGAACUAUCCCUUUAAGUCAUGCCUACAACACGCUGGAUCCUUCACUGGAAACCAAAAAUAAUUUACUCCCGCUAAAUGUUUACUCUUUGAAUUCUUGCACCUGUGGACAAUACAAGUCAACACCAUGUGGCUAAAUAUUUGCUGAGAAGUAUUUCCUACUAAAACAAGGUGAUAUUUGACUCUGGUAAAGCCUGACCAUAGCAAACUUGGAUGGCAACAUUAUGGGUGUUGAAGAUUUCAUACCUAUUUGGCAAAAGAGAAGGCAACAGCCCUUUUUCUCUGUUUUCUCUAGUCAGGUAGCAUUGAUUUAAAUUUUUUCGCCAUUCUACCACAUAGGCAGUCAGGUUAAAAGUACAGAGUGUACGUGUCAAGCCUUGAAUUCGUUCAAAAAUGUUGAUUCAAUUUCAUUCAGGAAUGAAAAACCACUGUGUGUUGCUUAGUCAAGUCACCUUUAUUUAUAUAGCACUUUAUACAAUACAGAUUGUUUCAAAGCAGCUUUACAGUAAUAACAGGAAAAGGAUUCAAUGAUUCAGACAGAGUUAAUUUUUUCUGUACAGCAGUUAUAAAGAAAAGUGUCAUUGUUCAGCUGAAGUCAGUUCAGUGAUGAUUCAGUUUGGUUGUAAAGAUAAUCAGUUAUUAAAUGAGUUCAUUUCAUCUAUAAAGCAGUUCUGCAGAAAAUAUUGAUAUCAUCGUCCAGCUCAGUUCAGUUCUCAGUUCAGUCAAAUCAAUAAUAUUGCUGAAUAUUAUUUGUCUCCCACUAAGCAAGCCAGAGGCGACAGUGGCAAGGAUCCAAACUCCAUCACGUGACAGAAUGGAUAAAAAAAAAUAAAAAAAAACCUUGGGAGAAAUCAGGCUGUCAUGAUAUCAGAUUUUAUACACCACAGUUAUCGUGGCCAAAAGAAUUCACGGUAAUGAUAUAUCACGAUAUCUAUAGAAACCCUGAAAAAAAAAAAAACAAUGUUAUCAGUCAAAUUCAUCUUUACUUUGUUUAUUUUGUGUUUUGCUUUCUUUUUUUAACCAAUGAAUCACACCAUUGCGUACAACAAUUGAGACUCUGGCUUCUUUGACGCUGCCUAAGAAAUCACCAGGAGAGAGAAAACCCAGUUAACAGAAUUUUGUUAUAAGAAUGUUAUCCAAAUAUUCAGUGUUGGUUCUGGGAAUGUAAAAAAUAUCUAGUUGUCUUGAUGUUAGAGGAACAUGUUUUAAAAGGUAUGAUGUUCCUCAAACGUUCUUUCAACUUAAUUGUGAUUUAAAAUUCAACAUUCUAGGAACGUUGAUUUGUAACAUUCCAAAAACAUAAAAAUAUCCAGUUUCCUUAAUGUUAGUAGAAUGUUAUUUAAAGGUUAGUAUGAUGUUCCUGAAACAUUCUUUUAAUCAUUCAAACACAUGCUGUGAACAAGCACUGAAAGAAGGAGAAAUAAGAAUACAAACGACUUUCUUCAGCCACGGCCUUAGAUGAACUGAAGAUAAAACACAUUAAAUCUCUCAAUAUCUGAUUAAACAACUCCACAAACAGCAUUACCAGCUUCACUUAUUACUAACCAGACUAACUUUAUUUCUGUCAGAUGUCUACAGCAGUUCUUAUUGAGAAUUAACAGAGGUUUGGAUGUUGAUGUCUUAUUGAAAAUGUUUUGUUUCAGGUCACCAUCAUGGAGAUUGGUGUUUGCUUUAUUUGGGCUCUUGACCCUUGAGUUUUGUUGAGUUGCUUGUUUUUCAUCAAUUGCAGGUGUUUUCAGAAAACAUUUCUGCAAUUGAUAAAGAUCAACAUGUCUGUUUUAAGUCAAAUGACUUCAUUAAAGUGGUUUAAACAACUACUUUUUCUGUAGUUUUUGUUUACUUUUGGAAUGUUAUAUGAGAUGUAUUAAACUCAAAUGAUGUGAUAAUAAUCAUUUUUAACACUGAAGUGAUUUAUGUAAGAUUGUCCAAAACUAUUCAAAAAUUACAUACACCACACUUAGACAUCAGCACUCAUCAUACAAACCUCAACAAUGGUGAAAAAAAAUAAAAUAAUAAUAAUUCAGCUGCAUAAUUUAUUCAUGCCACAACGUAUGCUGGGAACCAUGAAUGUGUUUUGUAUGCCAGCAUGAAGCAUGUCACCAUUGUUGUGUUUCAUAUGCCAAAUGUUGAUGUCUGUGAGUGUAUAAAUGGCGCAAAUCAUGUUUUAAACAAAAAGUUAACAAUGACAGUGUUAUUUAUACACUCACAGAUAUCAAUGUUUAGCAUCUGAAAUGCAACAAUGAAAAAAAUAAUAAUUUGUAGCACCACAUUGGUUGAGUUUCAUACUUUUCAGUAACGCUUAAUUUCCUUAAGUCCAGCCUAAAACUUUAACUGACAAAAUAAUGUGAUAGAAUUUUAUCACCAUAUCAAUCAAGGUUGAUAUGGGCCAUUUUUAUCUCCUUAAAACAACAGUAUUUAUUAAUCUUUGUUAAUGUUAAUUUCAACAUUUACUAAUACAUUAUUAAAAUCAAGAGUUGUAUUUGUUAACAUUAGUUAAUGCACUGUGACCUAACAUGAACAAACAAUGAGCUGCUGUAUUUUUAUUUACUAACAUUAACAAAGAUUAACAAAUAGGGCCUAUAGUAACAAAUGUAUAGCUCAUGGUUAGUUCAUGUUAGUUAAUACAUUAAUUAAUGUUAACAAAUGAACCUUAUUGUAAAGUGUUCACCUCUUCAGUCAUAUAACCAGUUAAAUUUCGAACACACAUGACAAAGUAAACAGAUCAAAAUAUAUAACCAUACUUGCAUGAGUUGGAAAAAUGCAGCAAUUAUUUGUUGUAUAUAAUAUGAGUGUUGUGUAAUCAAGCCUGCUUCUGCCAAGCACUUUUGUAAAUAAAAUGGCUUUAAAGGAAUUUGAACAAUAUUAACUUUUUGAUUAUUGAACCGUUGUAUAAAAUCCAAAUCAUAUUUUCAGUCGUGCUGAUGUUUAGGAAAAACAGCACAGUUAGUUGUGUGGUAUUGCUUUAAGCUGGCAUAAAACAGAAGUUGAGAUAUGCUUAUCUUCCCAUUUGUGAUGUGUAUAUUCAAGUAAAAUGGCUUCUCAAACAAAAAUGUAGGGCAGGAGCUUGAUUUUGUCCAUGGGGAAUUGAUUGGAUGGUUGUGGUUUGAUAUUGGUUGAUCUCAUGUAAGUGACAAUUACCAUAUCAUGUAGGAAGAUACAUAUCACACACCCAAAGGUUACAAUUACUUUGAGUAAUUACUUUAAUUAGCUUUUCUUUUUGUAUCCAGUGUCAGACACAGUAGGUCUCAUUUCAGAAUCUUUAAAAUGUGUUUCAUUUAUGUUGAAUCACUGAAUAAAGUUGAAGUGGCAUUCAUUGUAUGAAGUAAUCUAUAUCAUAAUCACUUUUUUCAGAUCUGGUCCUCCAUACCUCAUAGCAAUCACUGCUCACACCUUCAUUCAAGUCAUUCCCAACUGAAAGCUGUUGUAAAGAUGGAGAUUAUUAAAGAAGAGAAUGACGAUAUGAGAAAUUCAGAAGCAUGCAGAGUUAAAGAUGAAGAUGCUGAGGAGCAAAGAGACUUAAUGAAAGUGCAAGAGGAAAGUGAAGAAUUGAAUGAAAUGGAGAAGAAACAUCAGAUUCAGGAAAUUCAUGAUGCCAUAACUGGAGAAAAAAAAGGACAAGAACUACAAAGAGCAGAAGCCAAAACAUCUUUUACCUGCCCUCAAUGUGGAAAGAGCUACAAAAACCUUAAAAUUCACAUGCAAAUUCACACUGAAGAGAAGCCGUUCACAUGUGAUCAGUGUGGAAAGAAUUUCAAAUGGUCAAAUAGUCUCAGAGUUCAUAAGCUCAUUCACUCUGGAGAAAAGCCAUUUGAUUGUGAUCAGUGCGAUAAGAAAUUUUUUAAGGAAUCGGACCUAAAGGACCAUAUGAAAGUUCACACAAAAGAGAAGCCUUACUUGUGUUCUGUUUGUGGAAAGGCAUUUUCAUGGCUGGGCCAAUUUAAAGACCAUGAGAAAAUACACGCUGGUGUGAAAGAGUAUUUGUGCUCCGAUUGUGGUAAAGCCUUUACUACAGCCACUCAGUUAAAAGUGCACCAAAGGAUCCACACUGGAGAAAAACCUUACAAGUGUUCAUAUUGUGAAAAGAGUUUCAAGCAGUUAGGAGGCCUGCAAGGACAUGAGAGAAUUCACACUGGAGAGAAGCCGUAUCAAUGCCAUCAAUGUGGAAAGAGAUUCGGCCACUCCAGAGUUGCAAAGAUUCACAGAAAGAAGCAUUGCCCAAAAUUAAAUGGAAUGUCAGUACAAUUAUAAGCAAUUUAUAAUACUAUUUAAUAUUUUUAUUUGGGAGGGGGUGUUAUAAAUGUGAGAAUUGACUGGUGUUUUCUUCAUACCUCUGUAUAAUGCUGAAUAAAAUUUAUAAUAAAGUAUGUUUGUAAGUGCA